AUGUCGUCCUCGUCAUCCUCCUCUUCCGCGUAUGCAUUCAAGCCGAGCGGAUCUCUUAAACUCAAGGGCGACGACGGUAAGAAGGACAAGAAAAAAAAGAAGAAGGUCAAAUCGUCUCUAUCUCACGAUGCGAAGCUCGCCUCUACAUCCGCACCCUCAUCCCGCUCCUCGUCCAAGCAAAAGGCUGCCUACGAUGACGAGCACCCAGGCGAUCAAACAGAGGACAAGGACCAAGGCACAAGCUCCGUCACCUCUAGCGGGAGAGUCAUGACCGAAGCAGAACGCAAGUUUGAAGAGGUCCGCAGGAAGCGAAUGCAACAGCGCAUCGCCAAAGAAGCGCGCACCUCACACAAGGAGAAGGUCGAAGCCUUCAACAAGUACCUCGGCUCCCUAUCUGAGCAUCACGACAUUCCCAAGGUUGGUCCCGGCUGA